UCAUGGACAAGUACAGGAAUUUUUUGAGAUUACGACGGUUGGAUAGAACUGAUUGUUCGCUAAGUACACCGUCACGUGUUAUCAAUGAACAUAUAUAAAUAUGGCUGUGAUAAAAUGUCGAUCAGUUUGUUUCAUCGCGGCUUCAAGAUGUUGACAGAAAUCGCCAUAUUGUUUGCUAGUGUGGGCAUAGUAGCCAUUUUAUUUGUAAAAUACAAAUACGGAUACUGGAAGAGGAAAAAUAUUCCUUAUUUGGUGCCAACGUUUCCAACUGGAAAUAACACGACCUUCUUCCCGGAAGGACAAUCAAUUGGAAAGCCAUCUUAUGAUUUCUAUCAAGAAUUCAAAGCAAGAGGGGCGAAAAUGGGUGGAGUUUAUGUGGGGAUUGAUCCACAUUUGGUAAUCUUGGACCCUGAAAUAUUGAGAACCAUCAUGAUCAAGGACUUCAAUCAUUUUAUGAACCGUGGUCUCUAUAAGAUCGAAAACGAUCCUCUUACAGUGAAUAUGGUUACACAGCAUGGCACAGAAUGGAGGAAUGCGAGGGUCAAAUUCACCAACGUUUUCACAUCCGCAAAAAUAAAAAUAAUGUACGAUACUAUGAAACUAGUCAUUCCAAAUAUGAUACCAACAUUAGACGAGAAGGCAAAAAAUAAUGUUGAUGUCGAUGUUAUGGAGACUAUGGCUUGUUUCACUACUGAUGCAGUUGGUUCGACGAUCUUAGGUGUGGAAUGCAAUUCUUUCAAGAAUCCAAAUGCGGAAUUCCGAAGACUCGGAAGACACUUUUUCGAGGAGUUUUCUACGAUAGACAAGUUGCGUUUAUUCGUAACGAUAAAUUUCCCCAAUUUGGCAGAAACACUGAGAUUUUCCAAUGUACAACCGGAGGUUUCGAAGAAUUACAGUAAAAUUAUCAAAGAAACGGUGGAGUACAGAGAAAAAAAUAAUGUGGUCAGGAAAGACUUUUUAGAUUUGUUAAUCCAACUGAAAAACUCUGGAGUACAAGUAACUAUGGACGAAAUUAUCGGCCAGACAUUCUCAUUUUUCACUGCCGGAUUCGAAACUUCUGCUACCACCACAACAAUGACAUUGUUCGAGCUGGCUGAGAAUCAAGAGGCUCAGGAUAGACUAAGAGAAGAAAUAACAAGCACCUUCGAGAAGAAUAACGGUGAUAUGCCGUAUGAAGCACUAAUGGGAAUGAAAUACCUUGGUCAAGCAAUCGAUGAAACUCUAAGGCUAUGGCCUCCAGUACCAACCAUCCCAAGGCUGUGCGUCAAGGAUUACAAGUUUCCAGGUACUGACUUAACCAUUGAAAAGGGAACAAAAGUGAUGAUCCCAGUUCUGGGACUCCAUCUAGAUGAAUACUAUUAUCCAGACCCGUUGAAAUGGAAUCCAGAUCGGUUCGAGGAUAGAAAUGAAAAAUUCCCUGCGUAUUUCCCGUUCGGAGAUGGUCCGAGACAUUGUAUUGGUAUGCGUUUCGCCUUUAUGCAGGUCAGACUAGGUUUGGCAACUAUCUUGAAGAACUACAAAGUUACUCCAAGUCCACUCACUGAAAAACCACUGGAUAUCCAUCCUGGUACCUUCCUCCUCAAGAUUAAACAACGUAUAUAUUUGAAAUUUGAAAAAAUUAAUUGAUUCUCUGACAUUUCUAGUUGGAAGAAAUCACAAAUAAAUUAUUUAUUUAGUAAACACUUCGUUUUUAUUGAAGAAACAAAUACAGAGAUUGGCUUUCGAAAA